AUACAAACUUUUGGGUUAAGUCGGGGAAUAGGUUUUGUUUGUUUUGUUUGUUUUUUCUUUCUUUCUUCCUCGUGGUUUCAAACUGAAUUCUUCCGAGACAAAAUGAUGCCCCGCUCUUUUCCGCCGUUUGACUCCAUUAUCCAGGAGCUUGCCCAAAAAUUGGAUGUCGAAGAUGAAACAUUGCUUUGUAGUGAAAAAAUGUUUGAAAAGAAAGAAGAAAGCUUUACCAGAUGUUACACUAAGGAAAAAAUCGAGAAACCGUGCGUCGUUUGCGGUGACCAUGCCACCGGUUGCCAUUACAAAUGUUGGACUUGUGAAGGCUGCAAGGGCUUUUUCCGUCGAAGUCUCUCAAAAAAAGGAACCUAUACGUGCGAUUGGGGAAACAAUUGUAUAGUCGACAAAUUUUCACGUACCCAAUGCCAGAAAUGUCGUUACGAUAAAUGUAUCGCCAUGGGAAUGGUUUCAAACUCGACGCAUAUGUACGUACCAUCAGGUCAAAAAGUGAAAUGUUUAGCGAAAGAAAGCAAUGUCAUACCAGUCCUGAAGGUGUCAUCUGCCAGAAGACGGAUAGUUAAACCCACGAUGCCUGAUACUAUUACCGACCUGCUCAACCCCAUUGUUCGAGCUUAUCGGGAGACUUUCACACGAAACGGUCCGAGUCGAAGCAACUCCCUCAAUCACGCGACUGAAAUCAAUUGCCUUGCUGCACUUCAUAUGGCUGACAUGCUAACACCGACCAUAGGCAAGGUGAUAACGUUUGCCAAAGCGCUUGCUGGAUUCAACACUUUUACGACAGACGACCAGAUUUGCCUAUUACUAGGAUCGUGCAUCGAAGUUCUCUGCCUGAGAACGGCCUUAAGGUUCGAUGUGGUUCGGCAGGGCUUUCCUUUGCGAGGUGAACAACUGCUCACUCGAUCGGAUGUACUAGCUCAACCUGAGCUCGGAAUGCUAUCGCCACUUUUCAGCUAUGCGCAACGCAUAGCUGACCUAAAGUUGGAUGAAACUGAAGCUGCCAUCUUAAUUGCUACCUGGAUCCUUCAGUCGUCUAGACCUGAUCUAAAAGAACCGGAGGGUGUUGAAGUGUUUCAAGAAUCAGUUAUGAAUGUGGCCAUGUCAUACGCCAAGAAUGGACCCCAUGGUACAGACGAACUACGAUGGCUGAAAACCUUAAUGGCACGUUCUCCACCCCUAUUGGGAAUCUCUGUCCGUGCCCAGACUGAUAAGUUAGCCAUCUAUUUGCUCAUCGAACAUGUCGUGACCCUUCCGUUGUCCUUUCUGCACCUUUUCGAAGAAGACGAUUGAGCAGUGUUGUACCCGUUACAUUCGACGAGCAUUUUCCAUCAUUCUGGCGUUGUAUUUCAUUGCCAAGCUUAUUUUGUUAUUCAUUUUUGAGUUCUAAUUAUCAAAUGAAAUACAGAAGUUUCCUCAAAUAA